AAAAAGCGAUAGUGAUUGAUUCGCGUUUCUAAAUAUUUUUGAGGUUUUUGCUACAAAAAUUAAAGCAAAUUAAUAUUUUCUACGUGUAAAAAUGCCAACCUAAUAUUUUACAUGCUAAAAAUCUGUUUAAAUCUCUGUUACUUUAAUCGAAGUAAAUAUAAGAGAAUUGUCCCCAUUGAUUUUUUUUUAUUUUAAACAGUGGCUUUAUUGUUAAUAAUAGCUAUUUUAAAUCACUUUGUGUGUGACGUGGCUGUGCUAAGAUACAAAUCGGACACAAUAUAAUAAUGUGAAAUAGGAAUUAUUUGUUGUGAUGGAUGAAAGCAAAAAGAACUCCCCUUGUGAGGUUUGCAGAAACCGUGCAGGUACGGUGAUAUUUAAAGAAGUAGAACUCUUACGGGAACACUUAGCGGAGCGUGAUACACAUGUCAUAGCACUCGAGACAGAGUUCCUGAAAUACACAAAACGCACCAAUGACUUAGAAGAGCAAGUGGGACAUUGGAGAGAGAAGUACGAAAGGUUAUAUGAUUCCCACAAGAGGGUCCAGAAACUCAACCAAGUACUCGAAGAUAAGUUGCUGCAAAUGGUUGACAAGAUGAAAGGUGAAAAAAGUCAACUCACCAAAGACAUAGCAACAUUAUCAGUGCGACUAGCGGAAUCCAAACAUAAUUAUAGCAUGCUUCAAAAGGAGAAUGAGAGGUAUAAAAAUGACAUGAACUUAGCAAUACAACUACUACAGUGCAAACCAGACAACUUUGUUUCUCAAAAACUGGAUAAUCUUCCAGUUGACACUCAAGCGAGAGUUUCCCAAUAUGUGAUGUCCAAAACACCCAAAGCUACCAGUUCAAACCAAUCAAAGAAUGGUAACGAUAUUGACACUUUCGACGCGAGUGAGUACGAAUUCAAUAUUUCUGCUUCACUUAUGUCCAAAAUCCUCGAGGACAGCAUUCAAGAUUCUGUAACAAAGCACUGCGAUACGUGCACUUGUUCGAAAACUCAAAGCAAGCCGUUCUGUUACAACGAAAGCUAUUACACUGUAGCAACUCAAACACUCAUGACAGGGGAAUUCCAAGCACCUCUAUGCUCUCACUGCAACACCGAAAUAAAAUCCAUGAACUCGAUCCUAAGUAUUAGAAGUGAUUCCCCUCAUAAAAUAACAUUGGUUAACGAGAAAACUAUCAACACAGGUUUAUACAUACUCCCGCACGACGAAACUCCUAAAGUAAACAAUAAUGUUGAUCAUGAAAUUAAUGAAAUUAUGACACCGAAUGAUGUCAUAAAUGAGCUAUUGAAGCCUGAUGAAAAGAUUAGAUUCGAUCUAAACGGUCCCAAAGAUAACGUUUUGAAAAUCAAUGAAGAUAUUAACGUUAAGAAAGUCGUAGCACCUCCGCCUAUAUCUCUGGAACCAUCUAUACAUCAUAAGCUUUGCGAUAGAACAAGGAACUCUAUUUCUAGUAAGAAAAGUAGCAUCCAAGGUGCCCCUCAUCAUGACUUGCACGUUAAAGAACUUCCUAACGAUAAAGACGUAAAACCGGAAGCUCAAUACUUACUGCCGGACACCAAUAAAUCUAUAAGAAAGGGUUCAUUAGGUUCAAUGGGCGUCGCGAGUCGUACGUCGUCCAUAGCUAAGUCGACCGUAAGCACUCAUAAAUCUAAUACGCAAGUUGGUCCCGGGCCAAGAUUUUGUCACUUACGUAUGCAGGCCGGCUCCAAAAAUAUUCUACUAGACAACGCCGAACCAGAUGUGCCGCCCGUGCUGUAUAGACGCCAGAGCAAGUGCCACGAAAACAAUAUAUUUAAAGAUCUAACCGACGGCCUCGACAAUUUUAUCGACUUAGAUAGAAAUGACGAUAGUAAGGAUGAGAAUAAAAAUGAUAAUGUUGUCGUUGAGAGUACAUUGAUCGAUGUACAUGUGGAUAGUAACAAUAAGGAGGUUAGUUCCGAAGUGAAAAAUGGUACGAUUAAUCCUAUUCUACUGAAUGUCUCUUCAUCGCCUCUGCAGCCGUUGAAAACGCACAAUUUCCUCAAUAGUACGGAAUGUAAUAAUAACACGCAAGUCGGGAAUCCAGAAAAUGUAUCUGAGAUUGAUACUCUACUCAGUGACUUGAUAGCCCCACCUAAAAUAACACCAGACAGUAACGAAACAAAUGAAAUAGCUAAGCCAGAAGAGGUUCCAACUCCAAACGAUAAUCAGGAAAUAAAAAUAUUUAACUUCGAUAGAUAUGAGCAAAGCAAAGUAGAUAGUCAAUUCGCUAGGCCCCUGAAAAAGAUAGACAUGUCCAAACUACAUUCCAUUGAAAACACAAAAAUAUCCAAAGAUUGCCCGCCUCUGGGUGCUGACAUUGAAAAUAACGUUUUGCCGAAGCCGUCCACUGCGAACAUAGUAAACGUAUAUCCCAACUUGACUCAGACGCAUUUGAAAGUAAACGAAACUAAGAAAGUAUUCACGAAUGAGCAGAGCACUAGUUCCCUAUCUAGCGACGAUAGCGCAGCGAUGUUACAGAAGCAGCAGCUACUUAGAGUGGCAGAAUGGGUCGAGAAGAAUCUAGAACAGAGCAAUAUAAACGAUCCUUUGGAAGAGGAAAGUUCUUACUCCACACGCAUAGCAAGGAGAGAAAGCAAAAUAAAUAGACUAACCGAAACCCUGAAUGAGCUAGCCCUAAACAUGCCUCAUCCAGUCAGCAAAUUCUCCAAAUCCUACUCCAGGGACGCUCGCACAAAUUGGGUGCACAAUCUUUCGCAGGACAAGCACAAACCGAACGCAAAGAUAGCAAACGUUGUAAAAGAGACCAUAUUUCCCGUAGAAAGCGAUGAGAAAACGGUGACAGAAGUGAACAAUAAGUACACCUCGCCUAAUAGCGUGACAGAGAGCGACAUAGCUAAGGAUAUACGCGAAGUUUUGAGCACUCAGAAGGGUGAUAAGCGAAUAUCGCCGGAAGAUCUGGCGCGGAUGGAAUACAACGUGAAGAAGUUUCUCCUGAGCGGACCGUACUGGGCCAACCCUAGUUCCUCUGCCAGGAGUCGCCGCACAAGCAGCAAGACUGAGACUGAUGUAUAAAUUCCAAAGGAGCGACAUUCCAUAUUUUUAUAUUUGUAUGUGUCUCGAGUAGCCGUUGCGGAGCAGUGAUUUUUUUCGGUUGUAUCGUCAUAAUUUUGCAUUAGUUCCUGACAACCUAUCAAGAAGAAUAGAUUAAGAAAUUUCAGUGUAAUUGAAGUGAAAUUUUAGUCAGGAAAGUCACUGCAAAUUACAAUAACUUUGAAGAAACUUUCUAGAAACUUCGACACAUUCCAACACCAAGAAAAUUCACUGCUCUGAAAUUAUAUGUGACGAUAGGUGUAACCGUUGUCAGUUCGGUGUUAGAUAUUACAUUAUGUAUGAGCUACUAGUCUGUACGAGCAUUAGUGUUUCCAGAUGUGUCAUCGGCGCCAUAUUUGGCUUAAAUGUUUGGAUAUUUUGGUAUCCUAAUAAGGCUUUCUCAGUCUAGCAUAUUGACAGAAAAGAGAAAGGGAUAUCUAAGGGCAAACAAGUAAGUUAGGUCUGGCGUCGACUCAGUUGUGAAUGUUUGAAUUAAGUGUCAAAUACAUUUCCACUUAGCUUAAAGUCAUUAGCUAUCGUUCCUAAAUUCGUUUAUGGCUUGCCUUAGUAACCGAAGCUUUACUGGGCUUAACGAGAUCUUUAGUUAACAAAUCUGCAGAUAUUUACAAGUUAUUUCUAAAGUUAGCCCACCAUGCUAUUUAUCACCUAAUUCUAAGUAUCGGUCGUUUUCUUAGAAUACACUAAGUGAUAAGGCUGCCAUUGAUGUAAU